UCUCUCACCCUUCCUGCUCUGUCACUUCCCUUCUUAGUCUCCAUUCCACCAUUACAGGGUCUUUUAAUUCUUCAAUUCAAUCUCAUUCUUCACUCUCUAGAACUGAAACUACUUCAGAUAAAGAUCUCUGGUAAGCUCUCAUUCAAUUUCUAAAUUUUCAGUUUCUGUACUUAAAAAUUCUUUCAAAAUAUCACUCCAGUAGAGAGAGAAACAGAAAACCAUGAUUUCAAUUGCUUCUCCUGAAACCCAACCUUCACAAAUCUCUUCCCAGACUUCACCACCGGUAGAGACUCCAUCACACCCUGAAACCUUCAUUUUCCGAUCAAAACUCCCAGACAUUUCCAUCUCAAAUCACCUUCCACUCCACGCAUACUGUUUCGAAAAUGUUUCAGAAUUCUCAGAGAGACCCUGUUUGAUCUCUGGCUCCAAUGGAAAAAUCUACACCUUUGCGGAAACUCAUCUCAUCUGCCAAAAAACUGCAGUUGGAUUAUCAAACCUGGGUAUCAAACAGGGAGAUGUCAUCAUGAUUCUUCUGCAAAACAACCCUGAAUUCGUUUUCUCCUUUAUGGGAGCUUCCAUGAUUGGAGCCAUAACAACAACUGCAAACCCAUUCUACACUCAAGCAGAGAUCUUCAAGCAAUUCAGAGCUUCUGGUUCAAAACUGAUCAUUACCCAAUCUCAAUAUGUCAACAAGCUUCGAGAUUCCUCAGACGAAUUUCCGAAAAUCGGAGAAGAUUUCAAAGUAGUUACCAUCGAUGAUCCACCGGAAAAUUGCAUCCAUUUCUCUGUAAUCUCAGAAUCAGACGAGAAAGAUUUCCCAACUGUUUCUUUUGAUCCUGAAGACCCGGUUGCUCUUCCAUUCUCUUCGGGGACAACUGGGUUACCCAAAGGUGUGAUUUUGACACAUAAGAGCUUGAUCUCAAGUGUAGCACAGCAAGUGGAUGGAGAAAAUCCGAAUCUGUAUUUGAAAUCAGAUGACAUUGUUCUCUGUGUUCUUCCCCUGUUUCACAUCUACUCUUUGAAUUCUGUUCUGCUCUGUUCGCUUAGAGCCGGUGCAGGGGUUCUCUUGAUGCAGAAAUUUGAGAUUGGAUCUUUGUUAGAGUUUAUCCAGAGGUACAAGGUUUCUGUGGCCCCGGUUGUUCCACCGUUGGUUUUGGCAUUGGCGAAGAAUCAGAUGGUCGAGAAUUUCGAUCUUAGCUCGAUUCGAAUCGUGUUGUCUGGAGCAGCGCCACUCGGCAAGGAUCUCGAAGAUGCACUACAUAGUAGAGUUCCUCAGGCUGUCUUCGGUCAGGGUUAUGGCAUGACAGAGGCUGGGCCGGUUCUAUCAAUGUGCCCGGGAUUCGCAAAGCAGCCCAUCCCGACCAAGUCCGGUUCAUGUGGUACCGUGGUAAGGAACGCAGAGCUUAAGGUCAUUGAUCCUGAGACUGGUUUAUCGCUCCGGCACAACCAACCCGGUGAGAUAUGCAUCCGGGGACCUCAGGUCAUGAAAGGGUACCUGAAUGAUCCUGAUGCCACUACAUCAACCAUCGACAUCGAGGGUUGGCUCCACACAGGUGACAUAGGGUAUGUAGAUGAUGAUGAAGAGAUCUUCAUUAUUGAUAGAGUGAAGGAACUCAUCAAGUUCAAAGGCUUCCAGGUGCCGCCGGCGGAGCUCGAAGCCUUACUUGUGAGCCACCCAUCCAUUGCCGACGCUGCCGUCGUACCACAAAAAGAUGAAGUUGCCGGAGAAUUUCCAGUUGCAUUUGUUGUCAGGUCUAAUGGGUUUGAUCUCACUGAAGAGGCUGUGAAGGAAUUCAUAGCCAAACAAGUGGUGUUUUAUAAGAAAUUGCAUAAGGUCUAUUUCAUCCAUGCUAUUCCCAAGUCCCCUUCUGGAAAGAUUUUGAGAAAGGAUCUUAGAGCCAAACUUGCCUCAUCAGCUCCCUAGACAGGAAAAAGAAACCUUUUUUUUUUUUUUUUUUUUCUUUGUAUUAAAUUUUUUUGGUGCAAGUUUAGGAUUGAACCAGUGACCUUGGGUGUUGGGUUGGUGUGGUUAUAAGCUAUUGGAAACAAAUCCAAAAAGGGAGGACUUUAAAGAGACAAGAAGCAGCUCAACAAUGCUACAACUACAAGGAGAGGGGAAUGGUCCUCUGAAAUUGUAUUAUGUUAGAAGUGUUCUUUAAUCUUUUUAUUUUUGUGUACUUAAACUCAAAAUUUAUUAUAAUAAGAGAACAGUUAAUUUUUCUU